CUAGAGGCAGUUAUAGCAUAAUUUGCUCUCAUUAAUGUUAUUUAGUGGUAUGGUGGCACGAUGGAUCUGUGUUUCAAUAUUUAUUAUGUCAUGAGUAUGUACAUUCAAAUGUUCCUCUUCACAUUCACGGUCACGGUGGCAGACCCUGGUGAAAUUUCAAGCGUUACGUUUUGGUUGAAAGAUUCAGCUGUGCUGAAAGGCCAAGCAAUACUAGGAGAGAGUAAAACAGCUAGCAGAACGGCAUGUGCAAAAGAAUGCUCACGAGUUAAAGCAUGUACGACACUCGCCUACAAUAAAGCAUCACGUCGAUGCCUUCUCUAUGAUGCCACGCAAUAUAGUCAACUUGAAUACAAAAAUGACUGGCAGUUAUACACCAUGCUUCCUCUAAUAGGAGCAACCUUGACACCCUGUCCGGAUGGAUGGUAUGCAUUCAAAACAUCGUGCUACAAACGUUUUGAUGACCGUUUCAAGAAAAACUUCCACAAAGCUGAGGAGCAUUGUCAACAGUUGAAAGGUCAUCUGGUCGUUAUUGAUGACGCAACAGAAGAGGAGUUCUUGAAAUCUCACAUCAAAUCUUCAGGAGUGACAAGUGCGUAUGACCAGAUGUGGUUAGGUGCUAAAAGGGAUACCACCAUUGACAAUGUUGUCCGUUGGAUCCAAUGUAAUAAUGUAAUUACGACACCACAGUACUACCUUCCCGAUCAACCUAGCAAGAUGCAGUUUUACGACUGUUUAGUGAUGGAGAUAGACGUUAAUCAAAGUAGCAGGUUUGGCCUAUGGGAAACAUACGAGUGCUAUUACAAAAGGUCUUAUUAUUGUGAACUGCUUCGUGUGAACGUUUCCUGCUCCACCACGGGUCUCUAAAAACAGUUUACAUUCGAGUUUCAUUCUCUACUAAUAUAUAAUUCAGUGUGUCGUAUAGCAGACUGUCACCUCAUCACCUGUUAACGAGCAAAGGUACACAUCAUUGGAACAAGGCUAUUCUGAAUUCUUUAACUGCACUAUAUUUUACAAUUUACCAUUGAUUUCCUCGUUUUUCAUGCCC